CCAAUCAACGUGAACGUUUCUAGUAUCCCAACAUGGCGGAUCAUAAUGGUUGAUUCUUGUGUGGCAGCCGUGUCUAGAACGGUUAAACGGAAAGGGACCGGCCUAGAAACUCCUAAUUAUGGUUCUUCUUGUAAAGUCAAGCUAAAAAUACUAAGUGAAGAUGGUAAUGUCCUACAGAGUUGCGAGAAACAAGUUGUUAUUGGCGAAGGGGACAGUGAAGCAUCAGAUAGCUUGGACAAGUGCUUAGAAUGCAUGCAUGCUGAAGAAAUCUGUGUCAUACCAUAUAGAAGUGAAUCAUUUGACCAGGAAGUUUGUGUAGCCUCUGAGAGGGAUCUCAAAUGUGAGGUGGAACUCCUCUGCUUCUCUAAGGCCAAAGACUCCUGGGAAACUACUCCAGAGGAGAAGAUGUCCUUAGCUUUACACCAUAAAGCCAAAGGGACAGACUGUUUUAAGGUUGAAAAUCCAUUGAGGUUGAAUUUUAAUUGGCAUACAUGUAUAUACAUAUCCCCAGCAACACAUACAUGUAUUGCUACAUGUAUCUUUAUAUGUACGUUUGAAACAGAACCUUAAGAGUCCAUUCAACUAUUAAUUACAGUAAUGUGUUGAAUUUGGUGUAGAACCUGACCGUGCAACAAUUACCACACAUAGCUGACUAGAUUACAGUAUUGUUUACACCAUUAUGGACUGGUGCUUGCUGCUGGUGAACAAAAUAAGCAUUUUUUAUUGC